AUGAGCAUGACUUGCACGACCACGAUCAGGGUCAUGAUCACGACCAUCACCACAACGAUGACCACCACCACGAUAAUCAUCACGAGCACGGGCAUGAACAUGGACAUCAUGGCCAUGAGCACGGAUCCCAUGGCGACGAUCAUGAACAUCACGAUCAUGAAGAUGAGCACCAGCACGAUCAAAAUCAUCAUCACCACGAUCAUCAUCACCACGAUCAUCAUCAUUUGUAGAAUCUCAAGAGGCGCUGUCUGUACACCUGUUAAUUGUUCAUCUCAUAGUUUGUGA